GCCGCCUGCCCGGGGUCCUCCCAGCGCGACGCUCUAGGCGGCGGCCGGCGGACUCACUCGCUGCUCCCGGCGGCCCCGGGCCGGGCCGUGGGACGCGGCGCUGGCGGGUCCCGGUCCCCGACCCGGAGCUCGCAGCCCUUGGGCCGGGCCGGGUCCUGGUCCCGGUCCGGUUCGUAGCUUUGGGCCCGGCCUCAGCUCCCGGACGGCGGAGCCGGGCAGCGCCUCAGUGAGUUCAGGGCAGGUGAUGGGGCUCCAUCCCUGAGCUGGAGGGAGAGGGGAGCAAAGAAGAGAGGGCAAAGAUAACGUGUUUUCUGUGGGAUUCUUGUUUCCGUGAGAGCACUGAUGGGAUGGCAGCCCCCACGACAAGGAGCCCAGGGACCAGCCCCAGGAUUCGGCUGCAGAUCAGCAAUCGGUGCUGAAGGUGGAAGAUGGGGCCAUUUCCCUCGUGUUCUGGGUGACUGACACCUGGGUACCAUGAAGUCCUGAAGGAGAUAAAGGGACGGCAGUAGUGGGAUUUUCUCACCUUCAGAAAACCCAAGCAACCACUUGCCUAAUGGGAUUACCUCUCCUGCUGCCGUCAUGGGGAGCUGCUGCAGUUGUCUGUGUGGAGACAGCAUCCCAGACAACCACCCCACCAAAUUUAAGGUAACGAACGUGGACGAUGAAGGUAAUGAGCUGGGAUCUGGGGUUAUGGAGCUGACGCAGACGGAGCUCAUCUUGCACACUCACAAGAGAGAUGCAGUCAGGUGGCCCUACCUCUGCCUGCGCCGCUAUGGCUACGACUCCAACCUCUUCUCCUUCGAGAGCGGCCGUCGCUGCCACACGGGGCAGGGGAUUUUUGCCUUCAAGUGUUCCAGAGCAGAGGAGAUCUUCAAUCUGCUCCAGGACCUGAUGCAGUGUAACAGCAUCAACAUCGUGGAAGAGCCUGUUGUCAUCACCAGGAACAGUCACCCCACGGAGAGGGAGCACUCCCGGGACCCCCAGGUCCCCACCAGUCUGGGAUACACUGUCCCAGGAUUUGCCAAUGGAUUCCACAGUUUCCCAGGAGAAAACCUGUCGUACUUGGCAGCCCGCCACCCCUCCAUGAGCAGCCUGAGGCAUUCCUCUGUGGGUGAAGACUCUACUCAUGCCCUCAUUGGGCCUGACGAUCAGUCUCACACCUACGUGAACACAGCCAAUGGUGAUCAGGAGCUGAGGGGCCAACAUUGUAUGCACUCCUUGCCUGAAGUCCACCCUCCUUUCCCCCAUAGGAAACGCAGCUGCUCCCUCGAAGACCGCAACCCACAGGUCUUCCUGCAGCCAGGGGAGGUGAAGUUUGUGUUGGGUCCUGCACCCAACUACAGGCGCAUCAGUCGGCACCACCGGGAGUGCAGGACACACUUCUGUGCUCCCAACAACAACAACAACGAGCGCGAGGAUGAGUGUCCUUCACCCCAGUGCGUCUAUGAGAAUGUCAAUGGCUUGUUGCCUCCCAGCUCCUCAUCCCUCUGCCGCGGGGGGCGUCUGAAGGUCCCCCAUGAGGACAAGGGCUCGUCCAGCUGCUCCCAUCGGAGAGCAGCGUUACUGCACUAUGAGAACUUGCCAUUGCUGCCUCCAGUGUGGGAAUGCCAGCCACUCCACCAGGGCGAGGAGGAUGCUGGGGACGCGCUGACGCCUUCUCCCAAUGGUUAUCCUGAGGCUGGAGAAGAGGAUCCCCUGCAGAACUACAUGAACUCAGAGAGCGCUGCGCUGCACAGGGGCAGCAGCCUGCGGCGCAGCACCUUCCUGCCCAGACCCCAGCGUGGCUGCGUGCCCAGCGUCUUCAGCUUUGACUUCCCACGGCCCCGGCUGGAGCAGCCCCGGCAGCUCAACUACAUCCAGGUGGAGCUGGAGGCUGAGCCUCACAAGGGCCAUCCCAAUGUACCAGCCGCCCCCCAGGAAGUGCAGCGGACGGACUCCUACGCGGUUAUUGACCUCAAAAAGACAGCAGCCAUGUCCAAUUUGCAGCGGGCCCGGCCGAGGGACGAUGGGACUUCACGGAAAACUCGACACAACAGCACCGACCUGCCUCUGUAAGGGGACCCAGUGCAAGCACUGCGUUGUGGCUUUGGUACCCACCCUUCAGCGUGUUGCCUGGUGUGACUUCCAUCCACCAUUGCCUUCUGCUUCCUCAUUUGCCCCGUUACCUGGUGUUAUGGGAUGGCUCCGACAGCUUUUGUUCACGCUGCUCUAUCUGUCUGUCUUACUCUCUCCGUCUCCCGUGCAGUUUGUUUUAUAAAGCCUUAUGGGAUGUUGAAAGACGCCAUCUGGGAGUUACCUUGUCUUUCUGGCAAGAGGGGCAGUGGGUGCCCAUGGUAGUGCUGGCGCUGCAUGGAUGCCACCUCCAUCAGGGUUAACCCUCCUGGAUUCCUGCCUUUUCGUGAGCAGUGCCAGCAGCUGGUGAUCUUCUAUGGGGAGGCCUGACUGCAUUUUGCUGCCUCAGAGUCGGUUUUUGCCUUGUGAUUUCUCUGGUCCCUCACGACAUGGGAGCUCGUGCUGCAGUCUUUCCCUGCAGUCUUUCCCUCCUCAGCUUGCUCCUUUCUCCUUGUGCACUAUUUUCUUGAAGCUCGUAGAAGCUUCUGGUACUUCUGUCCCUUUCUCAGUUUCGAUUUAGAUUGGGCAGCUCUAGAAACCAAUAGUAGAGGACAGACAGCCAUGGACACAAACACUGUGAUCACAGAAACCUCAUUUCCUGAAGAUACUUUGCUUAAAAAGAGGAGGGGCAGACUGCAGGUGUGAGGGGCUGGAGGUUGGGUACAGAAGCCUUCAAUUGUACUGUACCCAGUUGUGAUUUCUGGGAGGGGGUUGUUCAGAAGCACUGUCGAUUUGUUUACUUCUUUAUUUAUUAAAUGCUCUUUUUGCAUCCUGGUGGUGAUGGCCAAAAGUAGUGCCAGCAUGACACGUGUGCUCGUGUGCCCCCUGGGCUGUCUGAGCAGGGCUCUUGGCCUUGUAAGGCCGCCGUCAGGGAGAAGAGCAGCUGUGAUUCAGUGUUUUUGAACUGGGAUUCGCUGUUGCAGAGCGGGUGGGUGGGUGUGAGGUGGCCAGGCUUGGAGCACUAUCAAAGUGGUUGCCUGCACCUACGUUCCUGGCCGGGUCCAUGAGAAAUAUUUGAUCCUGUUUAGAGUGAAUGUGUCAUUUGUUUCCUACAGCUACAGACUUGGGAAGGGCUAAACUUCCGUAAAUGUGUGGCCUUUGAUGUGGAGUUUUGUGUUGACGCUGGAGCUGAGCUGUCAGACCUCCACGUGAGGUGCUGUGUUGGGUCUGUGCUGGUGCAGGACGUGCCUCCACACCCCUCUGUGCUGCAGCCUGACCCCUCCCCGCGUUACCUUUGGCCUCCGUGGGCUGUAUCUGUGAGACAGGGGUGCUGUGCAGUUGCUUUGGAGUCCCACUCUGUGCUCUCUGUGUUCUUCUCCCUGGGCUGUGAGCGGAGGGGCCCAGCACCCAGCAGCUUGUCCCGCUGCCCACCUUGCCCAUCUUGGCUGUGCCUUCCUCGUUCCAAGCAUGGAAGUCGGUGAGCAGCUGCUGUGAAGGAGGACAGCACACUGUCAUCAGCUGCUUCAGAGGUGCACAGACCCAUUGCAUAAAGCUUUAAUAAAAGUAUGUCAGUAUCGAGCUCUUGCUCUGUAAGUUCACUGCCUGGGGUGGCUCCAGCAGCACCAGCAGGAGGCGGGUUCCAGUGGGAACCUGCAUUUCCAGCAUCACAGCCCGGUGAGAAAUGCAAAGUGCUCCCACCAGGAAAAGGAUGGAACAUCUUACGCUUCUGUGGAGCGAGAUGCCAGGGCCAGGGUACAGGGUACAACGGGGUGUGCUGCUGUUUCCAGUGUCACAGCUUCCUCUAGUGGUCAGAGCUGCAGCAGCUGCAGCACGAGAAACCAGCAGGAGGUUGAGGUUUGGGUUUGUUCUGUCUGGUUCCUUCAGUGCUGGGCUGUGAGCGGUGGGUGGCAGAGCCCCCUCGUAACCCUGCAGCCUCCUUCCUUCUUGCUGGUUUCUCCUUGUUGAAAAUCACCCUUAUGAGGUACGUUGUGCCUGUGCAGCACUUUGCAAAGGUGUGUGUGGCAGAUCUUGCUUUGAGCCUUAGCUGCAAGUUUGCUGGGGUUUCGCUGUGUGUGCACAGUGAUGGGUCUGUGAGUGCCUGCAUGGAUGGGAAACUUAACCUGGGGCAGCUGAUGAGCAUCCCAUGGUCCAGCCGUGCUCCAUCCCUCACUGCAAGGACGGCCUCCCCAGGGCAGCACACCUUGCAUGUGUCUGCAUCCAUAACUCUGGUGUAGAGACUGAGGAUUCACCCAGGGCCGAGUGGUUCCCAUUUGAGUUUUGAGUGAGCCGAGCAGAUUUUCUCCCCUGAUAUUCCCUCCCUGGGGACUUCAUACCCAGAUUCCUGCCCAUCCCUCUCCCCAGGCUGCUCGGUAGCACUGAGCUUCUCACGGCUCUCAGCUGUCUGUUAUCGUGGGAGGGUUUUUCAUUUGUUGCUUUUUGUUUUAAAUUCUAACCUGUUUCUUGUGCCUGCUUUUCCCCCAGGGAAGGAGUUCGGUUAUUUGUGAGCUUCUUUGGCCUUACACAGAGAGUGGCAAAUGAGAGGCUGUGGAUUGAAAGAUCAAUAUUUUUGUGAAGAGCUUUGAAUGUUACCGCAGCACUGAGUGUUAUUUUUGUUACCCCAGCCGUGCUGGUGGGUGGGAGGAAACCCAAGCCCAGCUUCAGCUCCUGCUGUCUGUGUUUCUGGCUGCCCCAUCCCAGCAGUGCUCCCAGCUCUGGUUCUGCUGCGUGUCCUUUCCCUGUGCCUGAGUGUCACUGUGGCAAAUCAGGGGAAGAGGCACCAAGCUGUUGGUGUGAUGCUUUAGAGAUGUGAGUGAGAGCUCUGUCAGGGCUCAGUGCUACGUCUGUAUGUUCCCAGCUGUUUUCUCUCAGAGUCGUUCUGUCCCUCCGUGUUAUGCUGCUUAGCCCUUCUUGGGUUGUAUCUUGACUGUGAAGCAUCAUUAACGAGCUGUUGUUAAUGAAUGCAUUGCCUCAUAUAGAAUCGUGGAGUGGCUUGGGCUGGAAGGGACCCCAAGGAUCAUCAGGUUCCAACCCCGUCGCCCAAACUCAGCUCUGGGAUGCUGAGCUUUGACGGCCCCCGCAGCGCGGCUCCUCCUGCAGUGCCGUGCUCAGGCAGCAGAACAGGUUUAGGUUCCUGUUCCCAAACAGGACCAAAGGUGAAUACAUUAGGGGAAAUCCAGAGAGCUUUGAAGUUGGCAGGUACAGGCCAAGGCGUAGAAAAAAGCUAAUUCUAAGGAAGAGAACUCAUUUGUUUUUCUUCCAUCGGUGAAUGUGAUUUUGAAGUUGAAAGGCCCGGAUGCAUCUGCGUUCUCUCGAGCUCUUUUCCCCUUUGCUUCCCCUCUCUGUGACUCUCCUGCUGUCUCUGAGCAUUCCCAAUGUGGCAGACUAAUGGCAGAGCUUCGGGGCUGCGCCCGCCGGGGAUGGGGCUGCUGUGCCCAGGGGGCCGAUCUCACUGCAGUCCUAUUUCUUCAGGGUAUCUCCGUGGGUGUCAUUCAGUCUCUAUAUUUCAUCCGGGUGUAACCUCACAGGUGAAGAACAAUAGUGCUAUGUGACCCGAGGAGUGCUCAUGUCUUACUUUAACGUGCACUACGAAUGUAUACCGAAUAAAUGGAAUAUGGUGACAA